GAGCUUCCUGUACUUGACUGGAGCAAUAUUUCGAGACAUCAUCGUAUAUGUUUCGAAUUAUUUUGUGAUUUAUGUCGAUCUUCUAAGAUAUAAAGAAAGUAUAGUGAAGACUCCCAGUGACUAUUCGAAUGGUCAAAGAAUAUUCUCGUUCAUUCUAGAUUCAAUCAAUCGUAAUAAUUGCAACAGUUUAAACUCCGCGCAUUCUCAAAUUUCGUACAACUAUCAAAAUAACGUCACUACAGGGGUCAAAGUGUCACGAGAAAAUCAUAAGACGAUGAAUACACAAAAGACGGUGCGAAUGUUUACAAACUUGAGUCAGCAUUCAUUUACACAAGCAAUAUACCUCGUCGCUUUGACGUCAAUGAUCUUGACUUGAAUACACGAAAUAAUCCCAAAGUCAUAAUACAGGAACAAACUACCGUUAGAAGGGUGGAGCCUUUUUUGGUCAGUUGCAUUGUUUUGCAAGGAAGUAUCCGUGUGCGCUGCGGCAACACAAUAUUUGUUACUAAAAAUAUAAACAAUUUCUGUACUUGUCACUGUUUGGUUGGCAAAGCACUGCUAUGUUGAGAUGCUUCUCCAGUAUUACCUCAAUAUAAACCAAUAUUAAAUUCUUCUUGUCUUUACUUGAUCAAAAAAAAACCUGCAGAAGAUACUAGAAACACUUCCCGCUUACUAUCAAUAGAAUUUACAUUAUUUUACGAUCUUUAAUAAACUACAGGUUGAACUACAUGUGACAUUCUGGUGGUCAACUAGCGAAAUGGAACAUGCAUGAUAUCACUUUUCUUGGUAACUGGCUUUAUGUGUAUAAAAUCUAGUCAAAUUGAGGGUUUCAAAAGCCUGCAUCUUGCACGGCUGCAUGGCUUACUAGCAACUAUCGUAUAUACGGGCAUAAUCGUCGUCGUCAAAUCUUUGGUUAAGAGGAAGAAUCGUGUAUCCAUUGAUUGGUGUCAUUUUGAAAAGAAUUUCAGUUUUUUCAUAAUCAGCCGUUGAGCAAACGCAGCUGGUUCAUCUAUAAUUGUGGUUAACAUUUUCAAAAAUUGCUAACUUUAUCGUCAAUCAAGCUCUUUAACACUAAAUGACACACUUCAAAUCUCUCCAUCAAACUCAUUUCGCAAUCCUGAAUAACUCUCAGCUGCUGCUCGAUUCCCUGAUAUGCAUCUUCAGGCGUUGCACUCUCAUUUGAAUAAUUCCCUGGCUAUGACAUAUGUUUAUGGAUUAGUCGGAUUUCAGAGCUUCUUUAUAUUUGCACUUCUAAAAGCUUCGAUAAGAACGAGUUGCUUCAAAUAUUAUCAUUAAAGUUAUGAUAUGAAACAGCGAUGAAUCGUAAAACAUACCUUUCCUUCUAACGACUCUUUCCUAAAAGGACAUUCAGUGAGAUAUCUUAAUCAGUUCGUCAUAAAGAUUCCAUAACGGUUUCUCUACACCAGGGAGAGUUUGAUUUGAAAUGUUUUACCUUAAAUCUUCCCAUUGAUUGGUCUUGCCAUCACUCUCUCGAUGAUAAGAAAAAAACGCAGUCAGUUUUUCACAACUCAUAACAUCAUUCUUGGGCCAUUUUAGUUGGUUUCAUCCUAACAUAGAGGAAUUUAGUUUACUGUUACUGCCAAUUAAAUGGCCUGUGAAUGUAUUGGGAUGCUACUGAAUAACUGAAAUCACCCUCCUACACUAGGUUCUUUACCUUCGAGCCGUGCACCGCCAUCGCAUUUCAUCAUGAACAAUUUCUGCUAUAGAAGAAAAUUUAAAUUUUAGAGUUAAAAAAAUGAAUCCAACACUCGACAGCCGCAAAAAAGUUGGUUUAGAUUAUAGUCAAAAUGCUUGUGAAAUUUCGAACUGUCUGAAUUUGGAGAAUAUAACCCCACGAGCGGUCUACUGAUUGUGUUUAUAUUUGUAUUACGCGCAGAAAAAUAGCUACUUUCGGCAAAAAUAAUCGUUAUCCGUUUCACCGCGGGCAUAAGAUAAAUAUAGACUGAAAGUUUACGAACUUUGCAGCGGGAUAUUUUGAAAACAUUUUUGCAAAUGGUCUUUUUGGAUUUUGUUCACCUGCGAUAUGCAUGUGAAGAUAGAAGAUCUCGCUUUUUGGAGAAGAAUCCCUGUAUCUGAACAUCGAAUUUUCAGUGUACAUAUUCAUUUUUAAUCUUGUCGUUUAAUUUGAUGAUUAUUCAUAAAAUAAAACUUCCCCUCUUUCCAAGUCAUAUUUAGAUCAUAUUUGAUGAUAAUGAACGUUUUUUUAAUUACAGAUUCAUUUAAACUCGUAACCGGAAAUUAAGGAAACAGCAAAUGUAAAUAGGAACUUGGAACAGACCUUUUGGCUCAAAAUAUAAAACGUAGAAUAAGUAAUACUGUAAUACAACAAUUUUUAUAGGCCGAAAUUGAUAAUGCAAUGUCUGCUUUGCUCGAAAUCAACAAACUUUCUCUUUUAAGUUAUUAUUGCGUUGGGUUUUUUCCUCAAUGUAUAUAUAUAAUUAUAUAUAUAUUUCAUGGUAUUUGUAUGUCCAGUUUAUUUUGAGUUCAGCAAGAUUUUUCGCGCGCUGUGGCGGGAAAAUUUGCACAUGCGUGGUUUCAAAACGCUCGAAUUCGAAAAUUCAAAACAAACAUGGCCGACUAUUACUAAUUCAUGAAAUUUAUCAUAUAAACUCAAUUAUUUUUGUAUUUUGAGGGAUAAUAUGCCUUCUCUCGAUGUAGCCAGGCUUGUGUUUGGUUAUCUCUCUGACCAAGGGUUAGAAGAAACUAAAACUGCAUUCUCCAGAGAAUAUCCAGAUUUGACAGUAAAUGAUUGGGACUGGGGACAAGAGUUGAAUUUGUCCUUGAUUAUCAAAGAAUAUUCUCUGUUAAAAGAAAGAGAGGAAAAGGGGAAAUGUACAGAUCCAGAAAGUAUGCUUUUGUUGCUGUGGAGACAAUUUGAUGUUCUUGUUGGGCAAAUAAAGCACAUCACUAUCCAUGGUUCAGAAAAAUGGAAGAAUAAAGCAAAAAAAGGAUUCCGAAGUCAAAAAGCACGAAACAGAGUCUUUAACAAACAAAACAGAGACACAUUCCAGCAGAACAGCAAAUCACAAGCUGCUGCACUCCACGAGAGUCCGGUUCCCUUGCAAGCAAACAUUCCUACAAUAACCGGACACCUCACAACAACUUCACCUCAACAAUACGUUGAUAAUCCAUACGUUCUUCUAACGUCUUACCCUCAAGUUUAUCAUGCACCAACUAACGUGACACCGGUCAAUUGUAUGCAAAAUCAACUUCCCAAUGUAAAAGAUGCGUUUCUUCCACAGUGGAAAACACCAACAAAGACGGUGGUACAAACUGGUUGUACAGACGUCACUCGAAGUAAUGUUAUCUCAGAGAGUAUUCAAGAAAUAAACUCGAGUGAAAAUGUUCAGCCUGGUUUUGAACAGAUUUUGCCUUGUGAUUCUUUUAAGUCACCAAAACGGAAAAGUGUUCCUCCAAAAAAGAGAACUGUUGAAGGUGUUUGUUCAUUACCUCCAGCACACGUUUCAUUAAAAACAAAUACAGUCACAUCAACAGAAACCAUUGCACAAGAUGACAGUCAACGUGAUGAUAUACAGAGUUUUGUUGACAAAAUUCUCGGGCAACCAGAGUUAUCCCAAAAAUUAGCAGAAAAUAUAAACCGCGCAGUGGGAAUCGAUGCUUCAGCUGAACCACAACCCAUUUCAAACGCAGAAAUCCUGGCAAACGCUCAAACGCAAAGUGCAGUCGUUGACAGAAAUAAGGUGGACGAUAUUAUGGAAAUGAUGAAGUUGGAUCCUGUGUUUGAGGACUUGUUCUCAAGUUUCGAAAAUUUCGAAAGCAGUUGUGAGGAGUCCCACGUUGUAGAAACCAAAGAUCAAGGAUCAAAAGAUACUCAAGAUUCAACCUCUUCAAACAAUACUAAAGACAAUGAAGCACUCGAUGGUCUAUUGUUGCUGGCUUGUUCUCCUAUGGUUCAUUUAGGUCAGUCUCCAGAUUCAUUGGAGACGCCGCCAAAGGUUAAUGCUUCUGCUUCGUUGAGUAGUCCUGUUCUGGCUUCUACAAGAUCUGUUCCAGUCGUAUUAAGCCCCGGGAAUACAAGUCCUUCAAAACGACACUCACAGCCAAUUGUGUCGCAUAUCAGGAGAUUAAACUUUAAGACAGUCGACAAUGAUCACACUGCUGGGAUUAUUGUAUCUGCAAGUAUGUCUGAAUCGAAUAAAAAAGUAAAUAAAAUGGAAAAUGAAGUUACCGAAGAGGUGAUUUCUAAAGAAGGCCGGAUUGUUGAAGUAAAGAAUAUGAGUGAGGAAGUUUGUGUUGAGCAGAUGGAAACAACAAUGGGGGAUAACUCAAGAAUCGAUUUGGAAAAGAAAAAAGAAAACUCAGAGGUAUGCAACGUUGAAAAUGGACAAGUAAAAAGAAAUAGGAAUAACCCUGUUGUUUUUCAGUGUGAAAAGGAGAAAUCUGAGACUAGCUCUGAGGCAACUGAAUGUGUAAACAGUGAUAAUAUGGGUUCUGAAGACGUAGCUUUCUGUAGUGAAAGAGGCGAUAAAACAAACACUGAAAACUGUCCUGAAGAAACAAGAAGUUUCAGAGACUCUCCACUUAAGUUACAAGUACUAGAAGAAGCAGCUACAAACGAACUGCUUGAGUGUCAAAGUAAAACUGUUCAACCUGCGGAAAGCACAAAAAAAACACCAGUGAAAAGUUCCCCUCCUGAACCAGUAGGCCAGAAAUCGUCGGUGAUUGAUGUCGAUGCAGAUAGAUCACUUGAUGUAUUGCCGUGUCGAGCAUUCAAGACGGACGUUUCCGAGACGCUCACGUCAUUAAUCAAAGCUGAGGUUUCCUGCGUUGCCGAGUGUGUGAAAAUAAAGACAGCGGAGAAUAUCAAGAGCUCUGGGAACGAUUUGACUUUAUCUACCGAUUCUGAAAAGAAUGGUAAACGAAAACUCAAGAAAAAGAAGAAGUCAUCGCGAACGUCAAAGAAAGCAAAAGUAAUUCCGGAAGAUCUUGAUGUAGAUAAAUUUCUGUCACAAUUGCAUUAUGUUCAAGCUGGGAAAACAUGACUUGAAUUGUGUGAAUUGGAGCUUACAGGCGAAAUGAAAGAUUUGAUAGUAGAGAUGCACACGUUAGAAUAAGUAAAGUAAAAUUGAUGUUGUAUUUGAGAGAAAUUGAAAUAUAUCCAGGACAUAUGAGCAUAAAUAUAAGGCCAAGUAGACCAAACUCAUUCCCAGGGUCUUGAAGACCUUUUUCAUAACACGCCGCCUGAUGGUGAAAGAAAUUUGAUUGGUUCCGCUAAACUAACGAGCCAAUCAUCAACCACAUUCAACCUUUUCGCGUUUGACGUCAUUAUGAGAGAGGUCUUGACUGGUGGCGUGCUGGUGGUGAAGAGUUUUUCUGGUAAAUUUGGGGAAAUCUGUGCACUGGUAUUGAAAGAUUUACAGUAUCUCCGGAUGAAAACCUUCAGACCAAUGGUCGGUGAGAGUGAAAAGGCGAAUCGGGAGUAGUUACCAAAGAUACAAGACGGAAGUCGGGAACCAUUCAUAAAACUACAGACGAACAUUUUGAGGAAUCUGUAACUCUUAUAGGGUAUUUUUGAACCUCCCUCACCAUGCU